AUGCUCAUCACAGCACCCGUGCUCAGUUGGGUAAUCAUAGAGUUCGGAUAUUUCUUUCCCAUACACGGUGUUUCUGAGAACACAUCCUAUAUCGUCCAAAAUGUAGACACAAAUAUCUCUUACCAGUUUACGUCUUCUUCACAUUCCAGUUCGUCUAUAUCUACAAACGAGUUUGUUUCAAAUCAUUCUCCUCAGGCUAAAUGGCAACAUUUAUGUCCGUAUAUGCAAUAUAAAUGCAAUGAAUUGCCUGGUUAUUGUAUUAUCUGUAAUUUCAGUAAAUCAUGCGUAUAUGGCAUGUUAGACGACAAUGAGAUCGUUUGCAUUGGUCGUACGAAUUGUCGUCAACCGAAUGUAGCUCGGAGUUUCUAUGAAACUAAAUGUGAACCGCUUCCACACAUAUUAUGUCUAGGAAGGAGAGUAUUCCGACGUAUGCUACCCUGUGAUUGGUCCUCUGGUAAAAGCUAUGCAUUGACUGUUUUCUUAAGUUUGUUUUUUGGAGGAUUCGGAGUCGAUCGAUUUUAUUUAGGGAUGUGGAUAGAAGGAUUAGGCAAGUUGUUCAGUUUUGGUGGACUAGGUUUAUGGAGUAUUGUCGACUUCAUUUUAAUUGUAUCUGGUUAUAUAAAGCCUCCUGGAGAUGCUGUAUACUGGUGAUUUAAAAAAAACUGAAUUUCACACAAUGAUGGGCUCAUUAUAUGCUUGG